GUCUCACAGAGAUCAUCCAUAUAUUGAUUUUAUGCGGUUUGUUCGUUUCUUUUCGUCUUUGUAUAAUAGACAUAGAAGAGUGUUUUGCUUCCAGCCUUCUCCAAAGACCCUGUGGGACUGCAAGGAGCUCCACUGCAAGAACUCGCCAAAUGGGCUUUGCAUAAGUAAUCCUUCUCCUCUGGUCCUCAGUUCGUCAAAACCGGAUCCACUGCUUGGUUGGCAUUGAUAAUUCGACCGUCUAAAUUCUCUUAUACUUUAUCGCAUAUAAAUCGUCCUGUUCAGCCACUCGAUUCCAUUCCAACUGCGUA